AUGCCCGCAACCACAGCAGAGACGCUGUCACUUGUGACCCGCAACGUCUCGGUCGCGCCCCUCGUGCUCCUCUCCGCAGCAGAUCACUACGGCCGACAAGCAAAAGGAUCACGGAAACGAGUAGUCGGUGUGCUGCUGGGCCAGAACGAUGGAAAGAAUGUCCGGGUGUCGAACAGUUUCGCUGUUCCCUUUGAAGAGGACGAGAAGGACCCCUCAGUAUGGUUCCUGGACCAUAACUACGUCGAGUCGAUGAACGAUAUGUUCAAGAAGGUCAACGCGCGGGAGAAGCUCAUCGGCUGGUAUCACACAGGGCCCAAGCUGCGAGCGUCAGAUUUGGAGGUCAACGAGCUGUUCAAGCGAUACACGCCAAACCCACUGCUGGUCAUCAUCGACGUGCAGCCAAAGGAGGUUGGCGUACCGACGGAUGCCUACUUUGCCGUGGAGGAGAUCAAGGAUGACGGCACAGCAACCUCAAAAACCUUCGUACACACCCCCUCCAUCAUCGAAGCCGAAGAAGCAGAGGAAAUUGGCGUAGAGCACCUCCUACGCGACAUCCGCGACGUAGCUGUCGGCACCCUUUCCACACGCAUAACCUCACAACUGCAAUCCCUCCAAGGCCUGCACCUCCGGUUACGCGACAUUGGCCAGUACCUGCAAAAAGUGCUCGACGAAGACCUACCCGUCAACCACGCCAUCCUCGGCAUCCUCCAAGACGUCUUCAACCUCCUCCCCAACCUCUCCUCCCCCAAGCCGACACCCGUCGCCGGCACCACCAACGGCAUCGGCGCCGCGGCCGGGCAAGCUGCCGCCCUCGAUAAUGGCGAACUCGCUCGCGCCAUGAGCAUCAAGACAAACGACCAGCUCAUGGCAAUCUACCUGUCCAGUCUGAUUCGCGCUAUUACCGCCUUUCACGACCUGAUUGAAAAUAAGAUUCAGAAUAAACAGCAGGCCGAGGAUAAGGAGGCGAAGAAGGAGGAGCCCAAGGAGGGCGAGGAGAAGAAGAAGGAGGAUAAGGCGGGUGCGGAGGGGAAGGAGGCGGAAAAGGGCAAGGAGGGGGAGAAGAAGAAAUGA